CUACCUGCCGGCUCAUGUCUCAUUCUGGUCCGUGUGAAAACACUGGCACAUGGAAAAUUAGAUUGAUUUUUCAAUCCAAUCUCUCGAGUUGAUAUUUUCUUCUAGCUUGUAUUUUAUAAUUGAUAUUUGAAAGGCUAACAUGCUGAGCAGGACAGUGUCGGGAUUUUGCAAAUAUGGGAAUCCUCUUUACAAGAACCUUACUCCAAACAUGUGUGUCUUGAUGCCAGCUGUAGUGUCAUCGAAUGUGCAGCAACAGCAAAUCCGCACCACCAUCAACAAGCAUUACAAUCCACAAUAUCGAAGGCACCGUGGUGCAAAGAUAAUCAAGAUUGAUCUUCCGGACUUGACCAAAGAAAAAGACGAUGAAAUGAGCCCUGAGAGAAUGAGGUCCAAAAUGAAGGAAAAGGGAUUGCAGCCACCUCGACCAUGGAAUGAGAGAAACUUCUACAUUUCAAACUCUGGUGGAGUUUUUGAGCCUUAUGUGCCACCUGAGGGUGAUGGGAAGCUGUCAGCAGUUACAGUAGAGGGAGCUAAGCAAAAGUUAGAGUUUGUUGAAAAGAAAGGCAAAUCAAUGAUGGCUGUUAGAAAAAUCAAGAGCUAUGACGAUGACUUCACUCUUCAAGAUUUCGUCCAGGACGCAACUGAGAUAUACAAAAAUGCCCAUGAAGCUUUAAUGAACUUUAGGACCAACAAGGAGAAGCUAGAAGAGUUUGUCACUGAAAAAGCGUAUGUGGAGAUGACCGAAAAUGCGAAAUACAAAACCGUAUCUUGGAAAUUUCACCAAUCCCUCAGUCCUCCAAAAGUGGUCCAUGCAAGAACUAACAGCGUUGUGUCGAAAGAUAAUCUCUUUGCCCAAGUUACCGUCAGGUUUCAUACCCAACAGUCUCUAUGCAUAUACGACAGAUUCGGCAGAAAGAUAUAUGGAGAUGAGAAUUUGGUGAAGGAUGUCUUAGAAUACGUUGUCUUUGAAAAACACAUCACGGAACAAUAUGGAAAAUGGAGAGUGCACCACAAAAUUAUACCUGAUUGGAUGCCUGCAUCAGAGCCAAUUCCUAGAACGUAUAGAAAGCCCGAACCAUUACCUGAUCUUCCUGACACACCUGAAGAGGAAGACAAGAGCUCAGAUUCAAGUACCAAGCCAGAUGUUGCCAUAGCCACAGCUUAAUUUAUAAUUAUUUGUAUCAUCAUCGCACCAAUUGCUGUAGGUAACAAUAAUAAAGCCAAAUAGAUCAUA